GGAGUAUAUGUUGAGGCCAUGUCCUCGGACAGGGAGGGGUAAGAGAGAUUGCUUUUCUUGAGAUCGUUAUACACCUUCCGUUCCUCACAAGACUUCACGAUUGAACGCAAAGUUCCCCAAUCGCAGAGCCUCGCCUAUCGAAUCAAGUCUUCGCCAUACAAGAUGGGUUCCGUUGGAGAGCCAGACGUUCCUUAUACGGACGUGCUCCUCGUCGGAGCAGGAUUCGCUACAUACACUCUUCUCAACAGACUCCGCAAGUUGGGACUUUCGGUCUCCAUCUAUGAGAAGGGUGCUGCUGCUGGCGGUAUCUGGUACUGGAACUGCUACCCAGGUGCUCGCGUCGACUCGGAUACCCCGAUCUAUCAGCUCUUCGACAAAGAGCUUUGGGAGGACUUCACCUACAAAGAACGUUAUCCUGGCGGCCCGGAGCUCAGGAGAUACUUUGAGCAUGUCGACAAGAAGUGGGGCGUGAGCAAGCACACUACAUACAACAAGUGUGUGGAGCACGCCAACUUCGACGAGAAGACGAAUACCUGGUUGAUCGAGUGCACCGACGAGACGACCAUCCGCUGCCGCUGGUUCAUGCCCAAUAUCGGAUUCGCUUCCAAGCAUUACUCCCCUCCCUUCCCUGGCUUGAGCAACUUCAAGGGUGACGUAUUCCACACGGCGAAAUGGCCACAGCACAAUGUCAGCCUCAAGGGCAAGCGUGUUGCGGUCGUUGGUACAGGAGCUUCCGGCAUCCAGACUAUCCAAGAGAUCGGGCCCAAGGUGAAGCACCUCACCGUCUACCAGCGAACUCCCAACAUGUGCCUACCAAUGAACCAGCACCCAUUGGAUCAAGAAGAGGAAGAGAGGAAGAAGAAGGAUGGAACAUACGAGAAGCUCAUCAACGACACCCGCAGCACGUUUGCUGGCUUCACCUACGACUUUGCCGAGAAGAACACAUUCGACGAUACCCCAGAGCAGAGAGAGCAGUUCUAUGAAAAGCUAUGGCAAGAGGGCGGCUUCCGAUACUGGCUCAGCACCUACAAGGACAUGCUCUUCGACAAUGAAGCCAACAUGGAGGCAUACAAGUUCUGGAGGAAGAAGGUCCUCGCUCGCGUCAAGGAUGAGGAGAAGCAGAAGAUCCUUGCACCAGAGGUCCCACCUCACCCAUGGGGAACAAAGCGCCCCAGUCUCGAGCAGCGCUUCUACGAGGUUGUCGACGCCGACAACGUGACCAUCAUCGACGUCAACGAGAAUCCCAUCGAAGAUGUCAAGGCCGAGGGUCUUGUCACACCGAAGGGCCUGCAGGAGAUUGAUAUCUUGAUCCUUGCUACAGGCUUCGAUUCGGUCACUGGCUCGCUUGGCCAGCUCAACAUUCAAGACAACAAGGGUCAGACCAUUGCCAACCACUGGAAGGACGGAUGCAAGACAUCCAUGGGAAUUGCCAUUCCUGGCUUCCCCAACAUGUUCUUCUGCUACGGUCCACAGGCACCUACUGCCUUCUCCAAUGGACCUAGCUGCACCCAGUUCCAGGCCGAGUGGAUCGAGGAGUUGAUGAAGCGAGUUCAGAAGGAUGGUAUCACCCGUGUUGAGGCUACCGACGAAGCUGAGGCCGACUGGUGCAAGAGGAUGAACGAGAAGUGGGACGCCUCUCUCUUCCCACAGGCCAAGUCCUGGUACCAGGGCGCCAACAUUCCCGGCCGCAAGGUCGAGCCUCUCAACUGGUCCGGCGGCAUGGUCGAGUACGUCGACUCCCUACACAAGAGCUUGGAGAACGACUACCAAGGCUGGAAGAUUCAGAAGGAGACCAAGGCUUAG